AUGAGUUCGCUGAUUUCGGGACUCUUAGCCGAGGCGGUCCUACAACGGCUGGAGUCGCCAGUUUACCGACAGUAUGGACCGAAAUUCUGGGCUCAGUAUGCGAAUGAUACCCUCGUCGUCAACGAACGUGACUGGGUGCAGGAAUUCAAAGAACAUCUUAACGCCAUCUUCCCGGACAUCCAAUUUACGAUGGAGGAAGAGGGAAACAACCAGCUGGCAUUUCUUGAUGUUCUUGUCUGCCGCAAAGAUUGUGGUGGCCUAAACGCCAAAGUAUUCAGGAAGGCGACAAACACGACGCAAGUACUGAAAUACAACAACAACCACCCAAUCAGUCAAAAACGCAGCUGCGUAAGGACACUAUACCAGCGCGUGGAGACACACUGCAGUGUACCGGAAAACAAGGUUGCUGAAUCACAAUACCUUCGACGGGUAUUCAAAGCCAAUGGCUACCCGCGAAACUUCGUCAUCCAGUACCUGCGCUAA